AUGUCUUACAGAGGUAAUAAUCCAUUGGGUGGUAUGCCACAACAUAACAUGGAUAUGAGUAUGAAUAUGAACGGUGGUAUGAACAACUAUAAUAAUAUGAGCAUGAAUGGUGGCUAUCAACCUGUUCAAAAUAGUGCUGCACCAAUGAAAAGUCGUUUAAAUAAUAAUUCCGGCAUGAGCAAAUUGAAUAAUUCUAAUAGUAUUGGUAACCCUAAUAGUUUGAGCACUUUUAAUAAAAUCAAGAAAUCUAUUGAUUAUUACGCCAAUAAAGUAGAAGACUUAACUGAUUUACCAUUUGUAAUCAAAUUGAAGCCUUAUGUUCCAAGUAUUGCAAGAUUUUUCAUUGUAGCCACUUUCUUGGAGGACUCGUUUAGAAUUAUUACACAAUUUUCAGAUCAAAUAUUUUAUUUACAUAAAUGGAAACAUUAUCCUUGGUUAUUUGUUGUUUUAUUUUUAUUAAUAGUAACUAUUUCCAUGUUGUCUGGUUCAUUUUUAUUAGUCACAAGAAAAUAUGUUAACUACGCAACAGGGAUGUUAGUCCUAUGUAUUAUUACUCAAGGUAUCAUCUAUGGAUUAUUUACAGGUUCUUCAUUUGUUUUAAGAAACAUUAGUGUCAUUGGUGGGUUAUUAAUUGCAUUUGGUGAUUCAAUCGUUCAAAACAAAACCACAUUCGCCAUGCUACCUGAAUUAAGUGAUAAGAAUGAUAAAAAUAAAGGAUACUUAUUAUUCGCUGGUAGAAUUUUAAUUGUUUUAAUGUUUAUAGGUUUUACUUUCAGUAAAUCUUGGUUCACUGUUGUUUUAACUAUUAUAUUCACAGUUUGUUUUGCUAUUGGUUAUAAGACUAAAUUAGCUUCUAUCAUGUUGGGUUUGAUCUUGACAUUUUAUAAUGUUGCUUGGAAUAAUUAUUGGUUCUAUGAUUCUUCAAAGAGAGAUUUCUUAAAGUAUGAGUUCUAUCAAAAUCUAAGUAUUAUUGGUGGAUUACUAUUAGUAACCAAUACAGGGGCUGGUGGCUUUUCAGUAGAUGAAAAGAAGAAGAUUUAUUAA